CCUACCCCCUUUCCUCGCCUUCCGGCCCCUUCCCCCAAGCAAGGGUGGCGGGGGACGGCGCAGAGGGGGGCAUGCCCAGGACGGGUCCAUAGCUGCCGGGGUCGCGGGCAGAGCUGUGGGCAGACCCCUGUGUGACCCUGCUCUGCUCCCGCUCGACUCGACGCUCCCGCCCCAGUUCAGAGGGGCAGGCUACUGAAGCCCUGAGGCAGCUGCGAGCGGCUGCAGGCGGGCGAGGGGCGGAGCAGCCAGGGAGACUCAAACUUCCCUCCCCGCAACUCCCGCAGCAGGUAGCUAGGCUGGGCGGGGGCCGGCGCGGCUGUGGAGGCGGCAGUUGCGGGCGAAGAGCAGGCAGCCUCCCGGGUCAGGAGGGAGCAGCGGGCGCUGUGGGGCGCGGCCUCCCCGACGGCAGCGCUCAGGGCAGGCUGACCCCAUGGCGAGAUGCCCGCCCCCGCGGAGCGCGGCCAGCGGCGCGGAGCCGGCGAGCGCAGCGGGGCAUGGGGAAGUUGAGGCACCCGCCCCACCUCUGGUGGCAAUGAUCAGCUAACCGGGCUGAGGCGCUUCUCCCGCGGACUGUCGAGCGAGCCCCUGCCCGGGUCGGGGGUGGGGGGCGAGCCCCGGAGAGCUGGGGGCUGAGCGGGCUCGGGGACCCUCCCCAGGACCCAGCGUGUUGGGAGCCGGCCGGCGGCUUCAUGGGCAGCACCCGUCAAGAUGGUUAUGGACAUCAACAGCAGUCACGUGUCCGGCCCCCUCCGAGCCUUCGCCCUGGAGGCUCCCCGCGAGCUGAGCAGCAGUGGGAUGGUGGCUGGCUCCCUGCACCCCCGCUGGCUGAAGAUCAUCCAGGAUGUCACCGCCAGCCCCAGCCCCGCUUCCAGCCUGGCGGCCGACAAUGACACUCGCUGCGGGGAGCAGAUCCUCAGCUACGGCAACAUGGAGAAAGUUGUUAUCGGGGCCAUUCUCUCCCUCAUCACUCUGCUGACCAUCGCGGGCAAUUGCCUGGUGGUGAUCUCCGUGUGCUUUGUAAAGAAACUCCGGCAGCCCUCCAACUAUCUCAUUGUCUCCCUGGCUUUGGCCGAUCUCUCGGUAGCGCUGGCCGUCAUGCCCUUUGUCAGCGUAACGGACCUCAUUGGAGGAGAGUGGAUCUUUGGCCACGUUUUCUGUAAUGUCUUCAUUGCUAUGGAUGUGAUGUGUUGCACUGCUUCCAUUAUGACUUUGUGUGUGAUAAGUAUUGACAGGUGAGUGCAAAAGCGGAGAUGCCAACAUCUCGUGUGUACUUGUGCUGUGUGUCUCUUUCUCUCUUUGUCUGGAGCUGAGACAAGCAAACCGAGUGAAUGCCCCUGUUUGAACACUACAGUGGCUAGGAGAAAAAUACAGAGUAGAAACAUGACUCAAAGUUAUUUAGCUUGAUAAGUUAGCAGAGAAGAAUCUUGAAUGCUGACUGCAGCUGGCAGAUAUGUUGUAUGGCAAUUCCACCAGGGGUCUCUUUUGCUUGCUUAUUUUUCCUUGGGAAAUAACAGAUAUUCUCAGAGGAAAAAUUGAUGGCAUUUUUAAAAAGAAAAAAAUCAGUUCAAUCAUAGACUAACCUAUUUUACACCCGCAGCCUAUCGUUGCUAACCUACACACAGGCAAAUACAUGUGAAAAAUGUGGACACUAAAACCGGGAGAGGGUAUGUACUGACUGCAGGACAGCUUACUAGUAAUUUGUUUCCAAUGUUUAAACUGAGUUUAUGAGUUCGAUUCACCCCGAAGCUGAGGGAGAGGCAGCUUCAGGGAGCCUGCUGUGACUCCCUGAUUCUGCACUGGGCCAGCCCUGACAUAAGUUACAGCAGGCUAUAAGCUGUUGAAAUUUAUGCCUGUGGAGGAUCGACACAGUAGGACCAGCCUCACCCCCACCAAACUCCCUCCCUCAAUAUGCUGCCUGUGUGGGGCAGCAGUUGGCUCCAGCGACUUUACACCAGCUAGGAUUUCCUCUCCACCCAGUGGUUUUGCCAAUGGCCAUUUACAGCCCUUGUGCUACCUGAGUAGCGCAAAGGGGUUAGAGCAAAGGAGAGGAUCUGGCCCAAAGAUAUUUCAUAAUUUUAUUUAAACUAUUCGGAAUUUUGCUGCUAUUGUCAACAAAAACAUAGCAAUUUGAAACCUUGAAUUAAAAGCCAGUGGAUUUUAAUAAUCAAUAUAUAUCAGUAAUAAUUGCUAGCAUGGAUAGAGCCAUAGGAACUGCCUUUUUGAAACAGAGAAGUGGUCCAUUUAUUUUUGUGUCCUGUCCAGGCCCGCCGACAGGGGGUGGCAAAGGGGCAAUUGCCCAGGGACCCGGGUGAUUUAAAAGGGCAAAUUGCCUGGGCAGGCAGCAGGACUCCUAGGUACACAUGACCGCUCCGGAGCCGGGCCCCACACUUUGGGGGGCCCUCCGGGCCGGUGCGGGGUCGGUCCUGGAGGUAACGGAUUCAUCACUUCCAGGCCCUGCCCCCCCUAAGGACGGUCCUGGCCCUGGGGCCCGGAAUUCCUGUCAGCGGGCCUGGUCCUGUCUGACAGUGUACCAGCUGUUUCAGAGGAAAGUGCAAGAAUCCUGCAAUAGACAUGUAUGGAUAACCUACCCUCAGGAAAGUUUUCCUCUUGACCUCCAACAAUCAGAGGUUGUCUUAUAACCUGAAGCAUGAAGGUUUAUAUCUCAUUCAAAACUCUUGUUUAUUAAUAUUUGCUGUUACAAUUGUGUAUAUUCUUGCUAACGCUGUAUUGACCAAUCCUUAGUAGAGUCCUCCUAAGCUCUUGAAUUCAAUUAUAUCUUGUAGAAAUGAGUUCCACAUACUCUUUAAUGUUGAACAAAAAAGUAUUUCCUUUCAUCAUUUUUAAACUUGCCAUCUUUAAAUUUAAUUCUUGUGUUAUGAGAAUGGGUGAACAGCAGUGGCUGACUUUACCCCCCCCUUUUUUUUUUUUACUAUUCAUUGCUUUGUAUAUCCUUUUAUCCAUUUCUGUGGCAAAGAGUCCCAAUUUUAAGUUUUUUCAUGACUCUAAUAAUUCUUGUUGCCCAUCUCUGAACCUCACAUGCCAAGUAAGGCUGUACCAUUGAUAUACAUAAUUGCACUGUGAUAUUUUCAGUAUUAUUCUUUAUCCUGUUUCUUAUACAUCCUAACAUUUUUGUUUGCUAUUUUUGGCCAGUGCUGGGUAUUGGGCAGAGGUCUUCAUUGAGCUAUCCACAAAGAUACUCAGGUCUUUUCCCUGAGUUGUUAUAGUUACCCUGGUGAUAGUGUUAUAGUUAAACCAAUGAUAGAAGUUAUACACAUGUAUCAAGGGGAUAAUAUAUCCUUUUAAGAUAGAAUCUGGAACUAGAAUUACAAAGUGAUUGAUUUUUAAUGGACAAAACAAUGAAAAUAUUCUCUCAUUUUUUACUUUGCUUAUUCCUUGUUUUGUAUAUUAAUAAACAAAUACUUGUAUUAAAGCAGGAUCUUUUGGUU